AUGGAUGGAAUUUGACAGCUUUUAUCACGAUAAUUAAUCGAUGUUGACUCAUAAUGAAAAAUUUUUUUAACAAUUAUACCAUGGAAAAUGAAUGAAAAUAUAUUAUCUUACAACAAAAACCAUGAAGUUCAAUUAUAAAAAUUAUAUGAUAACGAAGGUAUUAUUACUUUCUGUCCUUAUCGUUCCAGAAUGUUUUGCAUACAUCAAACUGAACUUCAAUGAAGAACGGAAUGCACUUUGUUCUAAAUUCAAACUAUUAGGGAUAAAGAACUAUCCUUUGACGCAACACCAUAAUUCAGGGCUUCUUGUUGAAGGGGACUUUCAAUUUCAUUCAGAUAAAUGGAAUGAUGAUUUGGUUUGCACUUUCAAAGUGGGAUAUCCUAGUGGUACUGAUGGAGUUAUUGCAGUGAUCCAGUCACUUACCAUGCGAAGAAAUAGUACCUCAGGUCAAUGUAUUGAUUUCAUACAGUUUGAAGCUAAAGAUCUUUCUAAAAGUAAUCCUUUUUGUGGACAUUUUAAUGUAGUCUCAAAAAUGAAUGGAGAAAUAAAUACUGUGGAUAAUUUUAACUAUGGUAAUUCCUUCAGGACAAAAAAACAUAAAAUGUAUGUUCAUAUUACACUUGGAAAAGAGCCUUUCCAAGAACAGUUCCAAGAAUUAGAUUUUAAAAUGGUGUUUAGUGCUUAUCGAAAUUGUUCUCCAGAAACCAUAUACGAUUUAUCCUAUAGACCUUGCAAUGACAAAUCAUCAUUUUGUAUUUAUGAUGGUUUCUUUAAUGAUGGUUAUGUGAAUUGUCCUUUACCUGGAUGUGUUGAUGAGGGAUCCUGUUUGAAAUUUGUUACACAUGAGAAAAUACCAACGAUCGGAACUAAGUUACUUGUUAGUUCUCUAUCUUUUCUUUCUGUGUUAUUUAUAACUUUCCUAAUUAGUAUUUGGGCCUGUAAAAAGCACAAAGUGGCAUGUUUUGCUGAGCAUUUCUCUAAUCCUAGUAGAAUAAGACAGGGCAGGGAUACAGAGAUGUAUGAACAAAGAAGUGGAAGAUCUACACAAAGGGAAUCUACCCCAAAUGCUCCUCCUCUUGAAAUUGACAAAGAUUUGCCACCUAAGUACGAAGACUUGUUUCCAGACAGAUGAAAUUUAUUAUUAUUAUUAUUGUGGUGUGAUAUUUUCUGCAAGUAAUUGUUUUACAUAUAGUAUUUAUAGCAUUAAAAAUCUAUCAGAUUGUUUCAGAAUAAUUGAGAAUUUUAUGUUGAACAUAGCAAUAACAAUCAAUAUUUCAAAAUUUUGAAUAUAAUGUUGGAAGAGAGUUCAACAAUUUAAUCUCAUAUUUUGAAACAUAUUGGACUGAUGGAUGCUAGUAGACAAUGCUGUCAUAGAGUGACUAACUGUAACAUUAGUUCUUACCAAAGUGAUAUUCAUCAUUGCAAUUUUUUAUCAUGUUCAUUCAACCAUUCAGUUGUGUCAUAAUUAUUUUGAAUGUUGGACUAUUUCGGGAAGACAAAAGUAUAAUUCAUAUUAAAUUUUUAAAUAACAUUACCACUCAAAAGGGUAUAACUAUCAAACAUGUCAUGCUGAAUGAACAUGUUAUUUAUGUUUGCCAAAUGAUUCAAACCUAACUAUAAAAAAAUUGCCAUUGACUUAAGAUAUUUUUGUACCUAAAUCUAUUUUUGAUGUUAUUUUUGUAUGGAUUUUGUGAAUACAUUCCGUUGAAACAAAA